AUGCUCUCCUCCCUCUUUUUCGCUGUGGCAGCGUUGCCGUCGGCGGCGCUGGCUUAUGGCCAUGUCUUUAGGGAUGUCGCCAAGGGUGCCUCGGUCGAGGUGGAGGACGUCGUGCGCUAUCCCGUCACUGCCAAGACCAAGAUGCCAAGCACCUUCGGAAAGCGACAAACCACCGUGGACAUCAUCAGCCAGAACGAGGGAACCUUUUACACCAUCGACCUGGUCCUCGGCACGCCUGGCCAAAAAGUCACGGUUGUCUUCGACACGGGCUCGGCGGAGCUGUGGGUGAACCCCAACUGCUCCAAUGCGUACGACCCAACUCUGUGUUCCAAGUUUGGCCGCUUCACGGGAUCUACGACGCUUGUCGACGCGCACGUCAAGAACGAGAUCCGCUAUGGCACUGGUGGGGUCGAGCUCGCGUACGUCUAUGACUAUGUCCAGCUCGGGUCUGCGAAGCUCAAGCAGCAGGUCUUUGGCGUCGCCUUAAACAGCAACUUCACGGCCACUGGCAUUAUGGGAGCCGGUCCGAUGGGAAACACUUGGAACAGUAGUUACCCCCUUAUCAUCGACUCUCUAGUCCAGCAGGGCUUCAUCAAAAGCCGCGCUUUCAGUCUCGACCUGCGCAACAUGGGCGACAAUCGUGGCUCCGUCACAUUCGGCGGUCUUGACACCAAGAAGUUUUCGGGCUCGCUCGAGAAGCGCCCAAUUAUCCCCGCUACGAAUACACCCGACAAAGCCAUUCGGUACUGGGUCUACAUGGAUGGCAUGUCCGUCUCCUCGGGAAAUGGCACCACCACUCCUGUUUUCGACAAAGUCAACGGUGUUCCAGUCUUCCUCGACAGCGGCGGCACCCUGAGCCAGCUCCCGACCUACGUGGUCAAAGAGCUGCUGAAGUCUUUUCCGUCCGCCAAGAAGAACGGCAAGGUGUAUACCGUGGAAUGCCCCGCCCGGGACUCCAAGAUGACGAUCGACUUCAAGUUUGGCAACACUACCGUCUACGCUCCUGUGAACGACUUCAUUUGGCGCUCAGGAAAGUACUGCAUCCUUGGCGCGUUUGAGAAUGACAAGGAUGCCAUUCUUGGCGAUUCAUUCCUUCGUGCCGCCUACGUCGUAUACGAUCAGGACAACAAGAACAUUUACAUCGCCAACAACGAGGACUGUGGCAGCAACCUGAUUGCCAUUGGCAAGGGUCCGAACGCAGUGCCGUCCGUGGUCGGGGAGUGCCGACGUGGAUUGUCCCUCGUGUCUUCGUCUGUGAGCUCUACCACAACCUCCUCGCAAUCUAGCUCGGUGUCGGCGGCACCUGUCCAGUCGUCCAACUUCACUGCGUCGGGCAACUUCACAUGGACUUCCGCCGGCAAGACGAGCACAGCCAGGGCGACGACCUCCUCCAUUGUCACAUCAACCAUCAGGACCACCCGCACUUACACCAUCACUUCGUGUGCGCCCACGGUGACCAAUUGCAACAUCGGCAAAGUGACCACCGAGGUUUACACCUCUUACACGACGCAUUGCCCGGCUACUACCCAUACAUCGCAAGCCAUGAGCUCAGCCAUGAACACGACCAGAACGGGAUUUCCUGACAUCACGGCGACCUACGUGCUUCCUGUCAAGUACAUCUGCCAUAACGGUCCGAGCCCUUGCCCCAACGAGACCCGGCCCCCGCCACCCGUGGUGACCGUCCUUCCCGUCGUCACGCAGUCCACGACUGUCAAGAUGAAAGCCUCACUCCUUGCAUGGUCCGCAUUUGCGACGGCCAUUUCGUCCGCGUCGGCCGUCAAUGACACCAGCUGUCCGGGACUGAACGAGAGCCUCAUCGUCAAUGUAGCCCCGGACUUUGUGAGGCCGUAUGUGCUUCCAAAGUACAGGGGCCGCGCAGUCAAGCUCACGCCAUCUCAAAUCAUUCGCCUCUCAAUCACCGCCAACUCGUCUGGCGGGGCCUUCUCCCUCAUACAGCACACCGGCAAAGAUUCGGGAUGGGCUUCUGCAAGGCCUCAUACGCAUCGCCAGACUCACGAGCACUUUUACUGCGCCCGAGGCCGCGUCGAGUUGUGGGGCAAAAAGAAUAUAACGGACAGUAGCCAUGAGGCGAGGGUCGGCACGGUUGGCGACUACGGCAACAUCCCUCCGGGCUCCAUCCACACUUUCCAGCUCACGGACCCGGACACACAGCUAUCGCACGUUUUCCACCCGGGCGGGUUUGAGCAUCUGUUCGACGUCUUCAGUCUUGGCGACUGGGCGACGGAUAGCAUCAGUUCUCCGUACCUGGCAAUCCCCGAAGACGACGCGCCGUUCGGUCCUCUUACGCCUGCCAUGGACAAGCUGCUGCAGGGGUUGGAUCUGUACGCCUCCCCCGAAGAAGAGUACAUCCCCAGAAGAGACUUUGUCAACGGCACGGCCAGCGAUGCAAGCCUCAACUGGCACAACGGCACCAAUCAACUGCCCUCCGACUCAACCAUCCCCUACUUUGUCGCCAAGGAUUACGGGCCCAAGUACCUGAACUCGGAGGCCGGCUACAAGAUCAUCCAGCCUCUAGCGACAUCUGAUCAAACAACAGGAGGGAACUUUACCAUGGGCACCAUCAUCAUGUCGCCGAAGCGGGCAAAUGAAACCGCGUCUCGGGCCAAGCUGCCCCAUCAUUUCGCAUUGCAGAUGGAGGAUGGCCAGCUGGCACUCUCGGUACGCGGAUACGGCUCGGCAACCUUGAUUCAAGGGGACGUGGCCUUCAUACCUGCCGGCGUUCCAUUCACAUACCAUGCGACGGUUCCGUUCACGAAGUUCUUGUAUAUGAACGCCGGUGCAAAAGGCCUGGAUCACGAGCUUCUGGGCAAUAGCGUGAAAUGGAACUUCACUGCUUAUCCGAGCGAUUGA